CCUCGAGCUCUUUAGUAAGUGUGGCCCAGUAUUCCUCGAGCCUGGCGGUGUUUCUUUGCUAACUGCCCAUCUACAGACUUCAAGUCCUACAAGGGCCACCACACACUUCUCUUUGGCGAUGCGUAUUUCACUUCAAUUAUCGGCCCCAAUGGGUCGGGCAAGUCAAACUCGUAAGUCUAGUCCUAGUAUAAGGGAACAAGACAAAGGAAAAACGAAAAACUGUAAUUUGAAAGGUGGAAGUGGAAUAUGGCUGAACUGAUCUAUAUAGUAUGGACGCGAUCUCGUUCGUCCUCGGAAUCAAGUCGUCCCAUUUACGGUCCACCCACCUUCGUGAUCUUGUCUAUCGUGGACGUGUUCUACGCACUGCAAAGAUUAAUGACGACGGCUCGGCCUCCAAGGAUCCAGCAGCGGGGGAGUCUGGGGGGCAGAAUGGAGAGGCUGCGGAGGAACAAGCAGAGAGAAAUGAUCCUAAGUCCGCUUGGGUCAUGGCCGUUUAUGAAGAUGAUGCCGGUGAGGAACAGCAGUGGAAACGCUCCAUCACUAGUCAGGGUGUCAGUGAAUACCGCAUCAACAACCGCGUCGUCACAGCUCAACAGUACAAUGAUGCAUUGGAGGCUGAAAAUAUAUUAAUCAAAGCACGCAACUUCCUCGUCUUCCAGGGCGACGUUGAGUCUAUUGCUUCGCAGUCUCCCAAGGACCUUACAAGGUUGAUUGAACAAAUCUCCGGAAGUCUGGAGAGUAAGGCGGACUAUGAGAGACUAAAGGCCGAGCAGGAAGAGGCCGCCGAGCACCUCAAUUUUCAGCUCAACCGUCGGCGAGGAAUCAACUCUGAGAUUAAACAGUACCAGGAACAGAAACGGGAAGCUGAGACAUAUGCUCGCAAGGCUGAGGAACGUGACCAGGCCAUCAUCACUCACAUCCUCUGGAAACUAUUUCACUUCCAGCGCUUGAUCGUAGAGUCAAGUGCAGAGAUUCAGAAAUACCAGGAUGAGCUGAAAGAGUUCCGUCGGGGGGUUGAAAAGUACGAAAAGAACCUUGAGGAUGCCAAGGUUGACCACGCCCGGGUCGGCAGAGAUGUCUCAAGAGCGGAAAAAGGAAUCAAAUUGAAAGAAAAGGAAAUCGAAGAAACUACAAACUCCCUCGUCCCUAUCAAUGAAAAGAUUGAGAUAACAGGCAAAAAGGUGGCAAAGUAUGCCUCGCGGGUAGAUGAAGUGUCCAAAGAAGCUCUCUCGCAGGCGAAGACAGUGAAGCAGCUUGAAAAGGAUCUUAAAAUUGUUGAGAAAGCCCAAAGCCAAUGGGAGAACGAAUGGAAGCAAACCAUUGCCGUUAAAGGAAUCCAAUUAACUGAUGCUGACCUUCAGGAGUAUAGCAGGCUUAAGGAAGAAGUUAGCAAGCGAUCAUCCAGCACACAGUUGAAGUUGGAUAAUUUGAAGCGCCAGAGAAAGGCUGAUGCGGAGGCCGUUAACAACAUGAAAAGCAACCUUGAGAGCGUUGAAUGGCAAGCAAAGAACUUGCAGACUGAUAUGGAUCAUAUACUGGAACGCAAGGCUGCCAUAGCUGCAACAAUCAAAUCUACAAGCAAAGAAAUAGAUGCUACCAAGAAAGAACUUAAUAGUCUUACCUCGGAGCGUUUACGUGUUGCCCAGAUGCGAACUGAGCUCGAAGAAAAGCUCCAGGUCACCUUGAAGAAGCUGCUGGAGGCAGACGAUGGACGACAGCAAAGUGAAAAGGAGCAUCGCACUAAAGAGAUGAUUGCCACUUUGAAACGCAUCUUUCCGGGUGUCAAAGGCCGUGUGAGCGAGCUAUGCCAGCCUAAGCAGAAGAAAUAUGCGGAGGCAGUGAGCACAGUGCUAGGACGCCAUUUUGAUGCAAUUGUCGUCGAUAACGAGAAGACCGCAAAGGAAUGCAUCCAGCAUCUCCGUGAUCAGCGUGCGGGUCAAGCUACAUUUAUCCCUCUUGAGACUAUUCAGGUCAAGGCACUCAACUCUAAUUUGAAGGGUAUGCAUCGUGCCAUGCGCCCGGCAAUUGAAACAGUCGACUUUGAUAGUUCUGUCUCACGCGCCAUUACGUAUGCUUGUGGGAAUUCAAUUGUCUGCGACGAUCUAGCAACUGCUAAAUACCUGUGUUAUGAGAAAGGUGUCGAGGCGAAGGCCGUGACACUGGAUGGUACCGUUAUCCACAAAGGAGGCUUGAUGACUGGUGGUCGCGGUCCAGGACAGCGCAAUGCCAAACGCUGGGAAGAUACGGAAAUCGCCAACCUCAACAAGCUAAAGGACAAGCUGAUGGCGGAUUUGGCUAAUCUUCCCAAGGCGCAUCGUAAAGGAUCAGAAGAAGAGUCCCUUCAGGGCCAGCUCACCGGUUUAGAACAGCGCCUUGCAUACUCCAGGGAUGAACUGAGCGCUCUCGAAAAGAAUCUAGAGAGCAAAUCAAGUGAAGCUGAUUUCGCCAAACGCCAGAUAAAGAGCGUCCAACCUAAGUAUCGCGAAAAGUCGGCUUUGCUCGAAAGCCUCGAUCAGUCAAUUGAAGAGAUCCAAAGCUCUGUCACCGAGGUUGAAGACAAGGUCUACCGCGACUUCUGUAAGAGGCUGGGAUACAAGAAUAUCCAGGAAUAUGACGCCCAACAGGGCUCUCUUCAGGAGGAGGCUGCUGAAAAGAAGCUACAGUUUACCACUCAAAAAACGAAGAUUGAGAACCAGCUUAGCUUUGAAAAGCAGAGACUCCAGGCCACCGAAGUGCGCAUUGACGGUCUCAAGACGCAGUCACAAAAGGACGAGGCAAUGAUUGCUGAGCUUGAAGCCGAACGUAGAUCCAUUCAAGAACGUCUAGAUGAACUCAACGACGAAUUGGCAUCGUUGAACGAGACCCUCCAGGUUCAACAAAAUCUAUUCUCUGAAUCAUCUGAAAACCUCGCACAGCAACGGCGAGAGCUUCAGCGACGCAGCAAGAAUGUGGAGGCUACCCUGAAGACUAUCAGUGGGUUAGAAGCCGAUGUGCAGCGUCAUUCUUCCGGUCGAUACACAUUGAUAAGGCGUUGCAAACUGGAAGAUAUCAACAUACCUUUGACAGCGGAUUCAGAACCACUUGAUAAAUUCCCCAUCGACGAGCUAGUGCAGCCUGAUCCUGAUGCAAUGGAGAUUGAUGAAGAUUCAAAUAAUCCAGUUCCACAAAGCCACGUCGUACAAGACUUUGGUAUAGAGGUUGAUUUCUCAUCGUUGGGUGAUUCUUUGAAAGAGGAAUCUGAUGAUAAACUUGAAGAAGAGCUUCAAGAACGCGUGAGAUCACUUAAUAAUGAAUUGGAUAAAAUGGCGCCGAACAUGCGUGCCAUUGAACGUCUCGAAGGUGUUGAGAGUAAAUUACGCACUAUCGAAAAGGACUUCGAAGACUCCCGCAAACGCGCUAGAAAAGCCAAAGAUGACUUUGAAGAAGUUAUGCAGCGACGAUCCGAGCUGUUCAACAAAGCGUUCACCCAUAUAUCAGAACAGAUAGAGCCGAUCUAUCGCGAUCUCACUCGGACGGAGAGUUAUCCAAUGGGCGGAAAAGCGUGAGUCCAACUAACACUUACUACCUGAACACAAAUUGCUAGACUGUAGGUGCUAACUUAUGCAUUAAUUAGAUACCUGGAUAUUGAAGACUCUGAGGAGCCUUACCUCGAUGGCAUAAAAUACCAUGCAAUGCCACCCUUGAAGCGAUUCCGUGACAUGGAACACCUUUCUGGAGGAGAGAAAACGAUGGCUGCGCUAGCCUUACUCUUCGCCAUUCAUUCUUACCAACCUUCUCCAUUCUUCGUUCUGGACGAAGUAGAUGCUGCCCUUGAUAACGCUAAUGUCUCCAGAAUUGCUAAUUACAUUCGUGACCAUGCCGCACCUGGAAUGCAGUUUAUCGUCAUCAGUCUGAAGACUGGAUUGUUCCAAGUUAGUGAGGCUCUUGUUGGUAUUUACCGAGAUCAGGCCGCGAAUAGCAGCAAAGCAUUGACGCUGGAUGUAAGUUUGAUCGUUCUCUUCCAUUUUUCAAAGUUAAUGUCUAACUAUUCGUAGCUACGGAAAUACCGGUGAUUUCGAACUGCCAGUCUCCAAGACAUUGAUCAGCCUGCCAGCUCGGUUACUGUUCUAACGUUCGAUCACAAUUUAUUUGCUCCUUGGUUUGCCCUAUUAAUUGACGCUUGUCAUGUUUAUUGUAUAUUUAUGUCAUCUGUAACCCCUCUUCCACGUUUAUGCCCCCAAUUAGAUAGCGUUCAAAUGUGUCCAAGAGUUUCACCUCCGGAGAAUCCCAGAACACCGGCCACCAUAAUGAUACACGUUUAACUCAGCUAAAGUACAUUAAAAACCAACAGGUAUGAUACACAAUAGAUUAAGUAGUCUGAAUCGCCACGAAGCAGUUUUAUACUACAUCCACAACCGCCUUUUGCAGCAUAUGGAACUCGGGAGAAAACGAGCCAAGGGCGUCCAGACGCAAUGUACUCUUCUGCCCCUUGAUGUUGACGUAAACAAAAUGCUCCUGUGUAAAUAAACGCCGGGCAUUUGAAAAAGCCCUGAAAAUGGCCAAACUCGUCUUCUGCACUGGCAUCUUGAAAAAAUGAGUAUCAUCCAGAGCCCGCUGGCGAGCAAAUCGCUGCUGCGACUCCGACCAGCCAGCCUUAGUAAGCUCCACUUCACUCACAGUUACUUUCUGUGAAAUAGAGAGCUCCGAGGGCGCAAGGGUAAGCUCGCGCUGUUUCAUAAACGGAAGCAUACGCCUGACCUUUAUUGAUAGUUGGGUUUUACCGUUGAGAUUUACAGCGUUGAUCUGGGAUAUCAAACCGAAGCCACGGCGGAAAAAGACGGUACCCAUGAUUGCCAUGACGAAACAGAUACCGCCAAAAAGCAGUUCUUGCCACCAUUGGAUUUUUAGUACCGGAUCUAUGGAGGAGGUAUAGAAGUUAUAACCAGCAUACAUGUAACAGAACGAAGCUGUUGUGUAUGCACCGAUGAUAUAAGAUCGUUGUUUGGGGGCGCGGAACAGGCAGACGGGCCCCUUAUGCUUAGAAACCUCCCAUUCGAAUCUGCGGAACUUGUUGGG